AGGCCUCCCCUCCUCGGUUACUUCAUCCACGACAGCCGAGGCAUCUCCUACGAACGUACCAUGGAUUCCCCCGACCGCGUCCCCGCCGGGCGCUUCUCCUUGCAGCUCGACCACAGCUACGGCUUCUCGCUCCUCGGCUGCCGCCAUGGCCUUGUGCUCAUCUCCAACGGUACACGGAAGCAAGUCCUGGUGUGGGACCCCGUCACCGGUGACCAGCACCGCAUCGCCUUUCCCCCAUGGUUCGACGGGAUCAAAAACCAGAUUCAUGGGGGAGUGCUUCGUGCUGCCGGCGAAGCGGACCACUUCCAGGUGGUCCUGGUACAGGCCACCAUAUGGGACAAACAGCAUUUGCAAGUGCUCGCCUGCGUUUAUUCGUCAGAGACCGGCAGAUGGGGCGAUCUUAUCUUAACACCAAUUCCAGCCCCGGCUUACUGUACGGGCUUGUCGCCCGUCUUGGUUGGGAAUUCCUUUUACUGGCGUCUUGCUGGGUGUUUUUGUGCUGUUCUUGAGUUUGAUUUGGAGAGGCAGAGCUUAGCGGUGAUACAAGUGCCGGUUGGUGAGGAGAAUAGCUUCGCUGUUAUGCGAGCCGAGGGUGGUGGGCUAGGUUUACUCUCCGUGUCAGGCCUCACCGCACAAUUAUGGAAGAGGAAUACCGACUGUGAUGGUGUUGCAUCAUGGGGGAUGGGAAGGACCAUUCAACUGGACAAGCUACUUUCUCCUUAUUCAGAUGAGACUGCGCCCCUAUUCAUAUUAGGGUUUGCAGAUGAAAAUAAUGUGGUGUUCCUGACGGGUGGUCAUGGUGUCAUCAUGGUACAGCUUGAGUCAUUGCAAUCCAAGCAACUUUGCAGGAUUGACAACAUUUUUUAUCAACAUCAUCAUGCAUUCGAAAGUGUCUAUGCUGCAGGAAUAGGCAUUGGCCGUGAACAUGAUGGGGCUGAACUUGUGGGCAAUCCACAAGUGAUUGCCUGUUAGCUAUGCUUAUUAUGAUGUGCUGGUUGAGCAGGUACCUAGAUUGCUGAGAUGCAGGAAUUCACUUCGUGGCUGUGGGUUCUUCCAUUUUGUAUGCUUCAUGCGGAGAUCAACCCUCUACGUUGCAUGCAUUGUUCAACUAGCAAAUGGACUUGUAGGAUUAAUCGCUCAAUUUGCUAACUUCCCUCAGUUAUCUAAUUUCCGGACACAGUUAGCCAACUGGCAUGAUGAAGACACAGUGACUUGCUUCGAAUAAUCAGUACCAGUGAUGCAUUUGCUUUAUGCUUUCCAAGCAAGCGGGUCGAAACAAUCUUGCCUGCCUGCCUGGUCUUUGUGUA